AUGAAGGUUUUUGGUACCCUUUCUUCCAUAUACCAGGAGUAUUGUUGGCUUAAGAACAUUUCAAGCCACAACCCAACCAGGGAUCCAAAGGAUGUAUUUGCAUCUUUAUGGACCUUUCAAAGCAAGAUGACUACUCGGGUGGGACUCCCAAUCAAUGAAAAUAUUGAGGAUACACUUGAGUUCUUCUGUGAAGGAAAAACUACUGCUGGACCAUUUUGGGAUCAUGUAUUAGGCUACUGGAGAGCAAGUUUGGAAUCACCAGAGAAAAUAUUGUUUAUAAAGUUUGAAGAUUUGAAGAAUGAAACCGAAUAUUGGAUAAAGAAAUUGGCUCAGUUUAUAGGUUACCCUUUCUCCUUGGAGGAAGAAGAUAAAGGUAUGGCGCAAAAGAUUAAAAAUUUAUGUGAUUUUGAAAACAUGUCCAAUUUAGAGGUCAAUAAAAAUGGAGUGAUGACACUGGCAUUUGGAAUCAAGAAAGAUGAAGUCAACACGUAUGAGGUAAAAAAUAGUACAUUUUUUAGGAAAUGUGAGGUUGGAGAUUGGAAAAAUCAUCUUACACAAGCAAUGGCAAUGCGACUUAAUCAAAUAACUGAGGAAAAGCUAAGUAGUUAUGGCUUGACAUGGAAUGUUUGA